CAAGGAGAAAAUAUAAGCCCCAGGGUUGGAUAGGGCAAUCAACACCCGCACUCAUCCUCCUAUUUUACAUCUCAUUUCUUCAGCACAAAAGGCUACAAUCCUGUCCCGUAAACGCUUUACGACGUCACCGACCCCUCUCAGACUCUGUAAUAGUACAACCCAGAUGGCCCGGAAAGGGCGGAGCCUAGACCGGAAGGGGAAGUGCAGGGCCGCUUCAGAACCACUACUUGCAGGAGACAUGGCCGUCCCUUGCGCCUUGAUCACGAGCUGCUCCGCCAACUUCCUCGGGGAAGAGCUGGUGAAACGUAUCAUUGGGACAGAUGAGCUUCCUGAGGAUGUUUCCACAAGCGAUGGAGCCUGGUUUUACCCCUGGACGAUAGACAAUAAAUACUACUCGGCUGACAUCCAUCUCUGCGUGGUGACAAAUAAGUUCUUUGUGACAGCUGAAAUUGCUGAGUCAGUGCAAGCCUUCUUGGUUUAUUUUGACAGCACAACAAUAUCUGGGCUGGAUGGCAUCUCUAUGUGGCUUCCUCUCAUAGAAGAGUGGCUACCGGAAGUGAUGAUCUUAGUCUGUGACAGAGUCUCUGAAAAUGGCAUCAGCCGGCAGAAAGCACAAGAAUGGUGCAUCAAGCACGGCUUUGAGUUGGUGGAGCUCAGCCCAGAGGAGCUGCCUGACGAGGAUGAUGACUUUCCAGAAUCUACAGGAGUGAAACGAAUCGUCCAAGCCUUGAACGCCAAUGUUUGGUCAAAUGUGAUGAUGAAAAAUGAUGUGAAUCAAGGCUUCGGCUUCCUUCCUCCCUUAACAGGCGCAAAUCGCAGGAUUGGGACAGAAGAGAACAAAGCUCCAGAACCUGAUCUUUUGCCAGCGGAGAGAGCCGAGUCCACAGUAAAUGCAAGAGAGGAUGUGGCUGAUGCAAAUGGUUUGCAAGCUGACCCCAUUGCUGAUCCUGUGCUGGAUAUGGAUAUUCAGGAGCUUGCUAGUCUCACCACAGGAGAGGGAGAUCCAGAGAACUUUGAACGGCUGUUCUCCAAGCUGAAGGAAAUGAAAGAAAAGGCAGCCACACUGCCUCAUGAACAGAGAAAACUGCAUGCAGAAAAGGUUGCCAAAGCCUUCUGGAUGGCCAUUGGAGGAGACAGAGAUGAGAUUGAAGGCUUGUCUUCUGAUGAGGACAACUAAGGCCUGUAGGUCAUGAUGGGGAUUGUUUCUUAUGUAGCAGCUAUUGUCGGCUGCCAUAGCCAUUUUUCUUUAGCAAAAGGCCUAGUUUUUUGCAUAAAAUGCAGAAGCUGGAGAAAGACUAUUCCUUGUUCAGUUAAAAAGCACUGAAAUGUAGAUGGCUCCAUUGUUUGUUUCCUUGGUUGGAUGUGUUGAUGGGAACAGGGAAGCUAUCAAGUCAGUGAAGUAGCCGAUACGUUCCUGUUGCAUCUCUGAAAAAAUCAUGGUCCUGACCCAGAUCAAACAGAGAGCUGCAAGAUAUCUUUGUGUAACUGUCUUGUUGUGUAUUGUUUACCCUACCCCCCCUUUUCAUUUGUCUUCAUUUCAAAGGAGAGCCCAAGAUCAGUCCUAAUUAGCAAGCCUUCGUUAGGUGGUGGUUAUUUCUGGAAGUACCUGUGCAUGAUGGGGAAAGAUCUGAGACAGACUGGUACUUGGAGAGGCUAAAAUGCAUUUUGGAUCUUUUAUCAACCCAAGUGUUGUCAUGGUAGGCAUGAAAAAGGUGUGGUUUGAAAUUUUUCCCUGACUCUCCUGCCCCAGCCAAACGUGUAUAUAUACAGCAGUAAACAGGCAUGAGGACACAAGCCAUGCACAAUCCUGUAAAGUUUUUUUAUAUGCCCAGUUGGCAUUCCAGUGGUUUGUCCUUGUGACAAUGGGUGCUGAGUACUAUCUCCUUGUAAGUGGGCAAGGUGAAUGAGGGUGUGUGGAGGAUUGCAACCCACACACCUGACGGCAGUUACUUCUGCAGUUCUUAAGGCAAUGCAUGAUGGAGCAUCUUGCUUCUCCAAGGGCAAGCAAGAGAAGGAGAGUGCGCCCGACAAAAGGCUUAAGGACCCCAGCUAGUCUAUCAAAUCUAGGAUUUGUUGACUGUCACUGGCUCUCAUGUCAUAAUGCAGGGGUGGCCACACUGUGGCUCUCCAGGUGCUGCUGGACUACAACUCCCAUCAUCCCUGACCAUGAGCUGUGUUGGCUGAGACUGAUGGGAGCUGUAGUUCAGCAGCAUCUGGAGAACCACGGAGUGGCCACCCCUGUCAUAGCAGCAGUUUGGAGUGAAUGAAUGAGUGGGAAGUUCACCCCAUCACCACCCUUACCCCUUUGCAGAAAGCAGGGUGAGAGUGCCGCUAUAUGAGUUCUUAUAUGUAUGGAGAAGUUUCUAGAUUGCUGUCUUCAAGAGUAGCUUUUUGGGGCAGAAAGCUCUGUAUACAGUCCCCUGGAAGGGGUGUUUUAUCUGGCCAAACAAUGGCAGGAGAUAGGAUCCCUUUGCUGCAGUGAAAGGAAUCCUCCAGCUGCUCUAGGUGCAAGCAAUUUCCAGUCAGUUGAAGCACUUUUAAGUUUUAAAGAAUACAGUAAUUAAAAUUCAGGUGUAGAUACAGAAACAGCAUCAAAUUGAGUUUGUAAAAGCAACAAGGUUUCAUUGUGUGCUUUUGAAGUAAACUAAGGCCACAAUCUGCUGGGAUAUUCCUCAGAAGGAGGCAAGGCAGCGCUGUUAGGGCUGUUGUACAGCUUCAUUUCAAUGGGAGGGGGCUUAUGCAGGAGAAUUUUUGCCAUAGGUCAUGAUCUAGGCAUUAACGGAAAAAACACAGUAAAGCCUGUUGUACUUUUUUUGGUUUUUGUGUACUGUAAAUGGGCUGAAUAAAGUCUGCUUAAAAACA